CGCGCGGGUCUGCGUCUGUAUGUUUAGUGGAAAAUCUUCAGUCUUCCGUUUUCUAAAGAUUCUGGUGGUCUCUACUUUCUAUCUGUCUGUCUUGCUGCAUAAUAAAGUCCCCGCUCACUUCCUCCCACUUAAAUCACUGUUUGUUCACUUAGUGAAGGGUUCAGACCUCGUGCUCCUGCAGCCUGGAGAAUACAUUGUUUCACUAAAUGAUGGCAGGUGUCACACGGAUCCUCACUUUCAUUUGUAUCGCGGGAUGUCACCUGUCGGCAGCCUCGCCCGUCCCCCGCCCCGCCCUGGUGGUCCCAGCGGGACAGAACGUCUCGCUCCCCUGCAACCUGACGUCCGAGAUCACCUGGUACCACCUGCGCUCUGACCAGCUGCUGCCUCUGCUCACGGUCUCAGCAUCCAAAUUCGGAGAGGAUGUGGUCACCCCUCACGCCGCGGACGUCGGCCGCUUCCAGAGCCUCAGCGGAGCAGGACGCGGUCUGGACAUCCUGGAGGUGGGGGAGCGGGACGCCGGGCUCUACUUCUGCAUCGGACGGUGCUCAGGAGCCGUUUGUCUUAACAGAGGAAUCAAUCUGGUGGUCGACGGAGUUGACCGGGAGUCAGCCAGGCAGCCAUGUUGGAGUCUGGCGAUCUGCCUUCUUCCUGCUUUACUCGUCCUCUGUUUCCUCUUCAUCGUUGGAUUCUACCUGUGCUCAGGGAAACCAGCUGUUUGCUGCUGUAAUCCAAUGAGAAGCAACACAAGGCAGAGCGUCACCGAGGAAGUGUCUUUGCACUAUUCCAGUCUGAAGCAUGCAGACAAGCACCGCCCCUCGGGCCGAGGAGGGACAGGAUUGGUCGAAGAGGACGUCACGUACUCGGCAGUGACCAGUCGCAAGAACCCAACUGGUUCCCACGGGAACAGAUAAAACGACUCACUGUUGUUAUUUGUGUUUUUAACAGAAGAAGAAAAAUUCUCUGCUUUCAAAUAUGAUUCAUUUGAGAUUUUAUAAACGUGGCUUUUUAUAAACAAUUACUUUUUUUUUUUUUACUGUUUCUGCUCUUUAAACAAGUGGAAACUUUCCUUUUUAAAUACAAGUUUCUAUAACUGAUCUCUCUCUAAAGCCAAUUUCAAGAACUAUUUUUCCCCCAAAAUAUGCUGGAGUAAUGAAAGCACUGUCCUGUGUAAGUUUUCUUUAAACUGUGAUAUUUCAAGCUAUUUCACUGAUAAGCUUUUCACAUUAAAAUGCAAUAGACUGUGUGAAAUGUGUUCAAAUGAACAUCGUUUACAUACACGUAAACACAACAGAAGAAUGGUAAAAUGUCACUGUACCACUUUAGAUACAUAUAAUGAUAGAAAGUUUAUUUGUACAAACCAUGUAUAUCGGAGUAGUAUGUAGCAUCCACUGUGAUUUGUGUGUCUGUAGCUUAGUAUCUGUCAACAAUUGUAAUUUCCCCACUGGGGAUCAAUAAAAAAGUAUAGUAUAAGUAUAGAUUAAAAAGAAUUAACCGUA